UGCGCCGUCGUGUGUCGCGCCCUGAUUGUAUCCGUGUCUGCUUCACGAACAAGAACAAGGACAAGGACAAGCAGCAGAUACAUCGACGCUGCCGACGGAUACGACAACAAAACAACAUCUCCAACGGCGACCAACCUGCUCCGUACCAGGCCCCUCGCCAUUGCCGACUGAUGGCACAUGCCCGCCUGAACAAGCCGCCACUCUAGUUGCACUCUCGUUGCAGUCCAGAAGGUCGUCCGAUCAACAACGCCCUUCCCAAUGUCGCCGGCUUCGGCUCGCUCGUCUGUUACCAGCCGUCGUGUUCAGAGCCUGCAGCCUUCGCGGAGACUCGUCGACGAGCAUGACGCCUACUCGUUCGCCGUACGCACCGCCUACCUUUCGCAUCUCCUGCAGCCCAAGGCCCGCCGCAUCCAACAUGUCUCCCAGCCCGUCAAGCCCAUCACGCGCUCGUCCACCUCCAUCACGGACCUGGUCAAAGACUUUUCCUCGAUCCGUGACUCCAAGAGCACCCGCUUACCGCAUGGCUUCACUGGUGAGCUGGACAAGCGCAUCACCGGCGUCCUCGUCGGCAGAGAGCGCAUGCCGGAAUACAACGACCCCCUUGUCAAGCGCACCUUUGCCACUUUUCUGAACGAGUUCAAGAACCCUACAUUUCGCAAGUCCAUGGAAAAGGACCGCCGUGUUGAGGAUCUGCUCUUGAUCUUCUUCUCCAAAGCCACGUCCGAGCUGCAGAAAGGCAAGGCCUCCGAGGACGAUUCCUGGAAGCUCAUGGUCGACCGCCAUGUUGCUCUGUUCGUACGCCUCAUCAGCUCCACUCUGAAGAAGGAUGAUUGGGCGCGCGAUCGUCCCGAGCUCACUUCUCGCCUGCAGACGCUCGAGAGUAAGCUGCUGGUACAUGCUCAGGAUCUCACCAGCACCUCCCAGGCUUCGGGCAGUACUACCAUCGAAGUCGAAGUCCCCCGCAGCUCAGAGGUCAAAGACAUGCCGCUUGUCCUUCGUAUCGCAAACAUCUUUGGUGCUUCGUAUGAUCAAAUCCAGGCUGACAUUGAUUCGCACAAGACCGUCUGGACCGAACAGGCUGCCAUACAAGACUUGAAACUAUACCAGAUGCACCUCAGCUUGAACUCCAGCAGGACUCUUGGCAGUCAGGACUUCCAACUCGAAGACGCCUACGAGGCCUGGAAAAAGGCCGAGAUUCAGGACCUUUCACAAUUAAUGCUGGCCAUCAUUCAAUCCAACCCAGAACUGGCAAAGAGCACAACUGGCUCAGCCGCUAUCAAAUCUCCCCCAGUCGCAUCGACUGAUGAUAGCGAGCCGUCCUACUCAGCAGAUCAAUCCUUCGACAUGAGCGCGCUGAGCUUGAACAAUUCUCCGCGUGAAUCGGUUAGUGAUGACGCUGCCUUCACAUACAUUCCUCCAGAUCCAAGAGCUUAUUACCGCGCCGUGUUGAGAAAAGCAUUGGACAACGAUAUAUUCCAGGACGACGAGGCUGAGGGUGCAGAUGGUCCUGAAAUACAACUUCUCUCAAAGCAGUCGACUGACGUCCUCAACGAGCUGGCCAUGCGAUGGCGCGUCCCCCAAACUUCUAGGAUGACUCUGUUUUUGGACGUCAUCAGAGAAAAGUUUGAUCGUCAAGAAAUCACUUUGGACACCCUAGAUGCCGCCUUCAUGUAUGCGAAGACGCCUCCAGCUGAAGUUAAGAAAGCGAAUCGCAUGAGUCAAAUGACUCCUUCUACCAUGUUUGAUGCGACAAAGUGGACAAUAUCCGACUACUCACUUCAACAACAGUCUCUUUCAUCAAUCCAUGAUGCACUGCUCAGGGAACUUUUCGAGCUUUUACAGCAUUGCUACGAGCCUAAACCCCCCUCUGUCGGCCCAGCAAUGUAUAUCUUAGAGACUCACGUUUACGACGACCCCCUGUUUGCAAAAACACCCGAGGACCUGGAUGAGUUUACAGUAGUCCUGCACGACGCUCUGAGACAGAAAGCCCGCGAGGCAUACAAUGCUAUGCUCUCAAAACACGUCCCCGAAGACGCAGAAUCCUGGGAAUUCUACCAUGUCAUACAGCUUGGUAAAGCGGUAGUUACACUUGCCGACAAGAUCCAGAAACGCUAUCGCAAGAAUCCUGAGAUCAUGGGCGUAAAUCCUUUGACCGCAUUGGUCCAAGAAAUUCUACCCUCGUUUGCCGCCGAUGCUCGAGACUUGGUAUCGCGUAUAAUCGAGGUUGUCAGAGGACGUGGCGAAGAUGUCCCUGUCCAAGACGGUUUCGAUCUGUACAAGGAGCUGGUCAGUAUCCGCAAAGUGCAUUCUCAAGCGCUUCCUAGCGUUCCAUUUGCAUUCCACAUUGAGGGACUUCUAGCAGACUUCGUAUGGCGCUGGAUUGCUAUGACAGAUGCAAACAUGCUGAGCUGGGUUGAGGGGGCGGUCAAUCAAGAUGACUUCAGAGUCCGUACAUCUCAUCCGGGCAAUGUUCCAACAGACGAAGAGCGGCACAGUGUGUCUGCUGUUGAUAUGUUCCGCUCUUUCAGUCAAACAAUCGAUCAAAUCAUCAAGCUUGAAUGGGACGAUGAUUUACAAUACGCCAAAUUCAUGACAGCUAUCUCGAAAUCUAUCGGUGUCGGUAUCGCCAGAUACUGCGAACUUGUCGAGCAAAAGUUCGUCAAAGAGAUGGACCGCAUGACCCCUGAACAAGAAGCUGCUUCCCGUCAGACGAGGCAGGAGAAAUGGGUCCAGAUGGCAAAAGACACAUGGGCCAAUAGGGAAAAGGUCGAGCCGUUCCAGUUUUUGCCCGAGUCGCUCGUCAAGCUGAACAACAUCGAGUACACGACACUCCAAUUAGACAAGCUAGAAAAGGAGAUUAACGUAGAUGCUUGUGCAGAAGUCAUACAGAGACAUGCGCCUCCAAUUAACCCCGUCAAGCUUCGUCAGUCCAGUAAGUUCGUUUUCACCAUCAAGAUCAUCGAGGCCGAAGACUUGAAGGCGUGUGACAUGAAUGGUUUGAGCGACCCGUAUGUCGUUCUCGGAGACGAAUACCAAAAGCGCCUAGCGAAGACUCGUAUUGUCUACGGCAGUCUGAAUCCUCGCUGGGACGAAACUGUUGACAUUAGUACCCAGGGUCCCCUGAACAUCAUCGCCACUAUAUGGGAUUGGGAUGCUUUGGGCGAUCACGAUUGCGUUGGCCGAACCUCAUUGAAACUGGACCCUUCGCACUUUAGUGAUUAUAUGCCUCGGGAGUUCUGGCUGGACCUCGAUACCCAGGGCAGAUUGUUGCUACGUGUGAGCAUGGAAGGCGAGAGAGACGACAUUCAAUUCUAUUUUGGAAAAGCCUUCCGGACGUUGAAGCGAAGCGAGCGCGACAUGACACGCAAGAUUACAGACAAGCUAUCCUCAUACAUCCAACAAGUUUUGUCACGCAGAGCUCUUCGCGGUCUCCUUAGUCAAGGAAUAUCUAUCAACACGGUCCGUGGAUAUUUCCAAAAGGCAAGACCGCAGUCCGUCAUCCAAGGCCCUACUCCGGUUGACAUUUCGAACGCGCUGAAGCCUCUCUUUACCUACUUCGACGAUAACUUUGCGAUCAUGAAACAGACGCUGACGGAUUCGGCAAUGGUCAUGGUCAUGACACGACUCUGGAAGGAGGUUCUGACAACGAUUGAGUCGUUGCUUGUGCCUCCGCUAUCCGACAAACCCUCGCAACAGCGACCGUUGACACAACAGGAGCUGGAUAUUGUUUUCAAAUGGCUUCAAAUGCUGUUUGACUUUUUCCAUGCUGUUGAUGAAGAAGACGGCACAGCACACGGAGUGCCACUAGACAUCCUCAAGUCGUCAAAGUACCACGACUUACAGAACUUGAACUUCUUCUACUUUGAGUCAACCGAGAAUCUGAUCAGAACAUCAGAAUCCAUGGCCAAAGCAACAGUAGCCAGACAACAAGCCAGACAGACACGAGAGCUCAAUCGCAUGUCUGCGCCUGCAACGCUUGCCCAACACUCCUUCAGUGGAGCGGCGAGCUUGGUGGGAGUGCCUAGCACCCGGCGAAGCAAGAGUAUCAUGCUCAGUCGCAAUCUGGGAACAAUGAAGAAAGCGAAGGAGGAAAAGCGUAAAGAAGCGCAGGCGGAGCCGAGCGACGAUAUGAUUCUGAGGAUUCUACGCAUGCGGCCCGAGGCAGAGAGAUACCUCAAGGAUAGAAGCAGACAAAAGGAGAGACUGGCGGCUCAUGCAGCAGCUGAGCUGAUUGUGCGACAGAGUCUCAUGGCGCAGAGAAGCAUGGGACGAGGACGAUGAAGAAGUUGCUGGUCAACGGAGACAGAUUUUGCUCCGAGGGAGGACACUCAUACGGUAUUAGGCAUUUGAUAUCCCAGGUGAGCGGUUUAGCAGGGCGUUUAAGGGCGGUCAGGUUGUCGCAGAUUCGACAGAGAUGCAAUAGUGUGUGUAUGUAGUAUUGUUAAGAGGAUUACGCAGAAAAAGUCACAAGACGGCCUGUCCGUGUAGGUCAAACAGAAGUCAGGCGGGUAGUGUCUGAAACGCGUGAUUUGCUUCACAACACACACCAGCACAGCGAAUGGGCCGCACGGGAGCAGGUAACUUGGUACAGACUACUGUAUGGACAAAGAAAGAUGUGGCAGCGACAGGGAUUGGGCGAGCAUGUGUGGGUCUGUGGCAGGCAAAAUAAGCUCACGGCAUCCCGCGAUUAUCAACGGGCACAUUUGGGCCAGACGUGGAAGGAAGC